CGAAGAUGGCGUGUUGUGGAAACUGUUUUUGUUGCCAAUGUUGCUGCAGAGAAGGGGAGACACGGACACCAGAAGAGCUGACCAUCCUCGGUGAGAUCAGAGAUGAAGAAGAUGAGAUCUUACCCAGAAAAGACUACGAGAGUUUGGAUUAUGACCGCUGUAUCAACGAGCCCUACGUGGAGGUCCUGGAGGGGAUGGACAACAAGAAAGCCAGGAAGUAUGAAGCGGUGCGGUGGCUGAUGGUGUUUGCUAUCGGAGUCACGGUCGGCCUGGUCGGCCUUUUUGUGGAUUUCUUCGUUCGUCUCUUCACCAAAAUCAAAUUUUCUCUGGUUGGUGAUUCUAUAGAGAAGUGCAGCGAUAAAGGCUGCCUCGCUCUCUCUCUGCUUGAGCUCCUGUCCUUCAACAUGACCUUCAUCUUCAUCGCCAGUGUGCUCGUCCUCGUAGAGCCUGUAGCUGCAGGAUCGGGGAUCCCAGAAAUCAAAAGCUACCUGAAUGGAGUAAAAAUCCCAGGAAUCGUACGGCUAAGGACUUUUCUCUGCAAAGCUUCUGGAGUUCUCUUCAGUGUGGCUGGAGGUCUGUUCGUGGGAAAAGAAGGUCCGAUGAUUCACAGCGGCGCCAUCGUGGGAGCUGGUCUUCCUCAGUUUCAGAGCAUCACCUUUAGGAGGAUCAAGUUUGAUUUCCCUUACUUCCGCAGUGACAGGGACAAGCGUGACUUUGUGUCUGCGGGUGCUGCUGCUGGAGUCGCUGCUGCCUUCGGUGCUCCUAUUGGAGGAACUCUGUUCAGUCUGGAGGAGGGCUCGUCUUUCUGGAACCAGGCGCUCACCUGGAAAGUGCUCUUCUGCUCCAUGUCGGCCACUUUCACCCUCAACUUCUUCCGUUCUGGGAUCAACUACAACAAGUGGGGCUCCUUCCAGCUGCCCGGUCUGCUCAACUUUGGAGAGUUUAAAUGUCCAGAUGGAGAUAAGAACUGCCACCUGUGGACUGCAGUGGAUCUGGCCUUCUUUGUCCUGAUGGGGGUGGUGGGCGGCCUGCUGGGGGCGCUCUUCAACUGCAUGAACAAGGGGCUGUCCAAGUAUCGAAUCAAACACAUUCAUCCAAAGGCCAAGUUUAUCCGAGUCCUUGAGAGUUUGCUCGUUUCCAUGGUGACGACAUUGGUGAUAUUUGCAGCGUCGCUGCUGUUGGGCGAGUGUCGUGAACUGUCUUCACCCAUGACCCAUAACACGACACUGUCAGGAAUUGAAGACAUCAACUCAACCAUCCGACAGUUCUUCUGCACCAAUAAGACCUACAACGACAUGGCUACGCUGUUCUUUAACCCACAGGAGGCUGCAAUUCACCAGCUCUUCCACCAGGAUGGUACCUUCAGCCCUGUGACCCUGUCAUUGUUCUUCCUGCUCUACUUCCUGUUGGCUUGUUGGACGUACGGUGUGUCUGUACCCAGUGGACUGUUUGUCCCCUCUCUGCUCUGUGGAGCCGCUUUUGGACGUCUGGUCGCCAACAUCCUCAAAGUGAAACUGGGGAUGGACAUCUAUGCCGGGACCUUCGCCCUCAUCGGAGCCGCCUCCUUCCUCGGGGGCGUGGUCAGAAUGACCAUUAGUUUGACCGUCAUCCUCAUUGAAUCGACCAAUGAAAUCACGUACGGGCUUCCCAUCAUGAUCACUCUCAUGGUUGCAAAGUGGACUGGAGAUUUCUUUAACAAAGGGAUCUAUGACAUCCACAUCCAGCUGAGAGGAGUCCCUCUGCUGGAGUGGGAGACUGAGGUCGAAAUGGACAAGUUAACAGCCAGUGACAUCAUGGAGCCCAACCUGACCUAUGUGUACCCCCACACCAGGGUCCAAUCUCUGGUCAGCAUCCUGCGCACUACGGUCUACCACGCCUUCCCUGUGGUCACAGAGAACCGACAGAAUGAGCGAGACUUCAUGAAGGGGAACAUCCUGGUCAGCAACAACAUCAGAUUUAAGAAAUCCAGCGUGAUGUCUCGAGCAGGAGAACAGCGGCGGCGCUGCCAGUCCAUGAAGUCGUACCCGUCCAGCGAGCUGAGGAAUGUCUGUGAUGAGCAGAACACUGCUGCAGAGCCGGCAGAGGAGGGAGAGGACCUGCUGCAGCAGAUGCUGGAGAGGAGACACGCUCCGUACCCAAACCUUUACCCCGACCAGUCUCCCAGUGAAGAGUGGACCAUGGAGGAGCGCUUCAGACCGCUCACGUUCCACGGCCUCAUCCUGCGCUCACAGCUGGUCAACCUGCUCAUCAGAGGGGUCUGCUACUCCGAGAGCCAGUCGAGCGCCACCCAGCCCAGGUUAUCCUUCACAGAGAUGACAGAAGAUUACCCACGAUACCCCGACAUCCACGACCUGGAUCUCGCCCUGCUCAACCCCCGCAUGAUAGUGGACGUCACCCCCUACAUGAACCCGUGCCCCUACACAGUGUCACCAAACACCCGUAUAUCCCAGGUGUUUAACCUCUUCAGGACGAUGGGCCUCAGACAUCUACCGGUGGUAAAUGCUGUCGGAGAAAUUGUCGGAAUCAUCACGAGACAUAAUUUAACCCACGAGUUCCUGAUGGCCAAACUACGACAGCACUACAUCACCAUCUGACCCCACAACUACCUGUCACAUUGGACUGUGUCCUCUGUCCCGUCCCGUCCUGUCCCGUCAGCAUGUAGGCAUUCCCAAACCAAACUGCACAUUAACAACUACACACAUUCUCUGUGGUCAGUAUUGAUCACAGUUCUUAAGGAAAGGAAACCUUUCAGUUCUAUUUCACUAAAGUCUUGUUUUUAGCCUUUUUUAGCCUAAAUAUAAUACUGGUGCAGAUACAGUUAAUCCCGUGGAGCUACAUGUUACUGUACUAUCUUUAUCCUCAAAGAUGUGCUGAAAGAAGUUUCCACAAACGAGUCUAACCAGGGUCUCCGACCACCCAGGCCUCACAUGAGUAGAGUGAGACCGGGAGGAAAGACUCUGACUGAAAAGGGCAAAAAAUACCAUGAUAUGAAUUAAGGGCCAUAUCAUCCAGGCCUAGAGUGAAUGUGCUCUAACAUGAAUCACCUCCAUUCAACUUUGGAUCUGCUCUACAUUUUCCUCUCUGGUUAUUUGCACAGAUAAAGGUCAAACUUUGACUCACCUGGAACAGUUUAUUCAGCGAUACAAAGAGAUGAGGUGACCUUACUGGCUGCUGUUUCUGUUGGUUACAGCCACAUUUACUACACAAACACUUCCAAUAAAGAUCAGCAGAAAGAAGCUAGAAGAUGGAAACAAAUCUGAGAAAUAAAGAGGUACAGACUGGUGAGAAUUUAAAGGAAAAAAGAAAAAGCAAACAGCGCAUCUUGAAAUUGUGCAGGUUUCUGACUUUAGAGGGGUAGUAGCUGACUUUGUUUGAUUUUAAACAGAAUUUUACUGAUGUUUAAGUUUGAGAAAUAACCCUGAUAUCUGCAUUUCCUACAGUGAUUGUGAAUUAUGUGACACUUUGCAUUAGAAAAUGCAAUUUGCAGGAUAAAAGAUUUAAAAAUCUCAUGUCAGCAGAAUAACAGGCUUAUAAAAACAGUACUUUUAGUGGUAUUACUGUGAGUAAACAUCGCAUUUGUCGCUCGUUUUGCAGAUUUUGUGCUAUUUAAACACUAUAUUCUUUAAAGGGGACAUAUUUUACCCUUUCAAGCCAAGUUUAUAUCGGUCUCAGAGGUCCCUAAAAUAUGCCUGUGAAGUUUGCUGCUGAAAAAACACUCCAGUACUGGAUGUUUGCAUGCCU